GGAAAGUGACAAACGUUAAUCUGCCAAUGCAAAAGUAAACAAGUUGCUAUGUGGAUUGCUGUUCAUUUUACAAUUUAAUUCGUGGUUUGACUGUUUAGACUGAAAAUGAGCACUAGUGGACGCGAUUGGCAUUCCUCCGGGGUCCAAAUGUCCACCUCAAGUACGGUUCUCAGUUUAACGGAAAAGCAGAAGUACAUCGAAGAUUAUGACUUCCCGUAUUGUGACGAAUCAAGCAAAUAUGAAAAAGUGGCGAAAAUCGGUCAGGGAACUUUUGGGGAGGUAUUCAAGGCUCGAGAGAAGAAAUCGAACAAGAAGUUUGUCGCCAUGAAGAAAGUUUUGAUGGAUAAUGAGAAGGAAGGUUUCCCGAUAACGGCACUUCGGGAGAUUCGGAUUUUGCAGCUGCUGAAACACGAGAAUGUUGUCAAUCUAAUUGAGAUCUGUCGCACUAAAGCAACAGCGAACAAUCGGUACAGAUCAACGUUCUACCUAGUGUUCGACUUCUGUGAACAUGAUUUGGCUGGUUUGCUUUCGAAUAUUAAUGUGAAGUUCAGUUUAGGCGAAAUCAAGAAAGUUAUGCAGCAGCUGCUGAACGGAUUGUACUACAUUCAUAGUAAUAAGAUUCUGCAUCGUGAUAUGAAGGCAGCUAACGUUCUGAUCACCAAAAAUGGAGUGCUCAAAUUGGCAGAUUUCGGAUUAGCACGAGCAUUUAGUAUUACCAAGAAUGGGCAAGCGAAUAGAUACACGAAUCGUGUUGUUACUCUCUGGUACCGGCCACCUGAGCUUUUGCUUGGCGAUCGAAACUAUGGUCCGCCUGUUGAUAUGUGGGGCGCUGGUUGUAUUAUGGCUGAAAUGUGGACCCGAUCUCCAAUCAUGCAGGGUUCUACAGAGCAACUGCAACUAAUUUUCAUUUCCCAGCUUUGUGGAAGCUUCACUCCAGAGGUUUGGCCCGGGGUAGAGCAUUUGGAGCUGUAUCAGAAGAUGGAGCUGCCACUUAAACAAAAGCGGAAGGUACGUGAUCGUUUGCGACCGUACGUGAAGGAUUCCAAUGGAGUGGAUCUGCUCGAUAAGUUACUGAUUUUGGAUCCGAAGGAACGCAUCGAUGCCGACUCGGCGCUCAAUCAUGAUUUCUUCUGGACCGAUCCGAUGCCAUGUGAUCUUAGCAAAAUGUUGUCGCAACACACGCAGAGUAUGUUCGAGUAUUUAACGCCCCCCAGAAGAGCCUGUCAGAUGAGGCAGUAUCAGCAGCAAAUGGUAAACACCAUGCAAACGCGGCCACAGGAUAAUAGCUAUCAGGAUCGUGUUUACUGAAUACAUUCUGUUUGUAUAAUCCUAUUUCAGUUUUCUUUGAUAACAUAUUUAGGAGGAAUGAACAAAGUCUACCCAUCUAAAACAGAAUAGUAAGUGUAGAUUUAGACUGCACCUUAUUGCUCCAUAUUGAGCAGAAAUCCAAAAAAAAAAUACAGUUAACGUCUUAUUAACAUACAUAUUAGGUACAUAGGUUCGUAAACUUACUCUUGGAUUAUCAUUAGUUAUUAGAAAUAAAUGAAUUUAUAAACAUACUAAA